UAAAUCUGCCAGUGAACGAAGACGUGUCGGCGUGUCGGGUUGUGUUUUAUGUGCAUCAACGAUAUCGCGUUCGCGACAAACCAGCAAAGGAAAUAGUUCGAGAGGAUAAAUUCAUCGAACUUUCGAUCAUUUUCAUAAUACAAAUAUUUGAAACCCUUCAGAACGGGAAAUCGAAUCAAUCGAUAAAUGUGAUAACGAUAAACGGUCUCCAUCUUCUCUACCACCCUCUCAGUGGGACCGUAAGGGGCCCAUUCAAUAUUUGUACUUUUAAUCGUGUGUGUUUAGUGAACUUAGUUUCAAUCGUCGAAUGAAUUUUAUCUACUGAUAUAUGUAUACAUAUAUAUCUAUGUAUCCAUCGUUCGCUUGUGUCGGUUAAUCAUAGCUGUGCUUUACUAAUUUCUAUAUAUAUGAACUGUAUACGCGCAUAGAAAUAGAGAAAAAGAGAGAUAGAGAGAGUAUAUCGAGAAUAUAUCAAUGCUGUGUGAUCUGUGCGGGUCGUGCUAUCUCGAUAACUUUUGACAUAGUUUGACUAGUGACCUUCGAGGAUAAGAUUCUAUUUCGUAGAUUGGAUUCAGUGAAUCGAAACUAAAUUCAACUUGGGAAUGAAGAUCAAAGAGAAAGAUCGUACAUUCUUGGUGCGUCAUUGAAAUCAUUCGUUCAGUACUUUCGAAUGGUGUUAAACGUACCGGAAAUAAAGGAAAAGUAGAAAGGAUUGUGUGAUCGUAAAGUGAACAGACAAGUUUGAAGAAUAAAACUAGUGACUUGAGUGACUUUAAGUUGAACGAUUGAUCGCGAAGAGAGAAGUCAUUUUUUGGUAUUGAACUGUCGAAACUUUUCUAAUAACGCGACUUUUUGAAAAAGUACACGUUAUUUACAAGAAAGUAUAAUAUAGGACAUUAGAAGGAUCGUUCUUAGAAAGUUGUAACACAUCGGGAGAACUGUGUGCGCUGUUGUUCAAUCGCGUAUAUAUUCGAGAAGCCCCCACAUUUUGGGUGUGGAUUUGGUUACUCCGGUGUCGCGAGAUUUUCAAAGAUCAAGAAAAUUUCCUUUCUCUUUGAGGGUGAAACGUCGAAUCGAAAGUUUUGUCAAAAUAGUUUGAAAGCUUGAAUCGUUCGAUUGAUUUGAUUGAUUUAUUUGUUUCUUUCUUUUUAAUCUUCUCGUGUUACAUGCUCGCGUAAAAAUAGUAUCCAUGGUUAGAAAUAUGAACUUGAAAUAAUGGGAGAACACACGAAGAGAAUAAUGUAAAUCGUUUUAAUAUACAACACAAGUGCUUUUGGAAUACAACGUUUCAACACAAAUGCUUUUGGAAAUGGCUCUAAGGUGGCAAGCCAGGCUCUCCAUCGCUGCCAUACUCUUCAUGUGCACCGAAGAUACGUUGAGCUUGGGUGACCGCAUCUUGGAUCACAUGGAUAGAAGAACGAGUCAGGGUAAUAGGCCACGUCAACAAAUAUUGGAUAAUUCCUCAGAUAUGAAACCGGAUCCAAGUUUUGACUAUUCGCAAAAUACAAACGUGACUGCGUUGAUCGGGAAAACGGCCUAUCUCGUUUGCCGAGUACGUCAUCUCGAAGAUAGAACGGUAUCCUGGGUGAGACACAGAGACAUACAUAUUCUGACGGCCGGAACAUACACGUAUACGAGCGAUCAACGAUUUCAAGCGCUACAUCAAAAGCUACCACCAGGUACAUAUAGCGAAUGGUCGGAAUGGACACUUUGCAUAAAAUGGGUGCAGGAGAGAGAUCAAGGAGUCUACGAGUGUCAGAUAUCUACCAUCCCUGUUAAAGCUCAACAGUUUCAAUUGAACGUCGUUGUACCUACAGCAACGAUACUAGGUGGGCCAGAAAUGUACGUCGGUGCAGGAAGUACGAUAAACCUGACGUGCAUCAUACACUUCAGCUCUGAGCCACCGGCCUACAUCUUUUGGUACUACAAUAACAACGUCCUCAGCUACGACAGUAUCAGGGGCGGUAUUUCAGUGAUAACCGAAAAGGGUGGCGACAUCACAACCUCCUGGCUUCUCAUCCAAGCUGCACAACCCUCGGACUCAGGGGAAUACAGCUGCAAACCAAGCAAUGCCAAUACGGCCAACAUUAAGGUUCACGUGCUCCAUGGCGAACGACCAGAGGCAAUGCAAACCGGAACAGCGGGACCCACUUUAUCUUCGAGUUGUCUUUUGGUGUCUUUCAUCACUUUGUACAUAUCCUCGAUUUAAACGAACUUAAGUAAUCUUAACAAAUGUCGCUGCAAAUGUCGUCGUUUUUUUAGAUCGAGUUACGAAUCCAUCGAGGUACGUUCUCCUUUUGAAAAAUAAUUCUCGAUCGACUAAAAUCGAAUAAAUCGUUUCUUAUGAAUUAAGAGAGAAAAAAGAAAAUAGAACGACAUUUUCGCGUCCUUAUUUAGAAAUCCUUAGACAAUCGGUCGAAACCGUACACGAUUGAUCGAUCGAUCGAUCGCUCGGAAAGAGUAUAAGAGUGGAUCCUAAUAAGAAAAUAUUAGAAAAUCGUGACCGUGAAAUUUUGUCGUGUCGCGAACAGUUAAGUUUGGAGGAAAUGGUUCGAUAAUCCGGAUAAUCCUCACGAAGAAAGUAACCGAUUGCGAGAGGAAACGUUUAAGCGUUGAGAGACGAUCGUCUUAAAGUUUUUUUUUCCCUUCUUUUCUUUUUUUCUUUUUCCCUUUUUUCCUCUUUCUUUCUCCGUUUUUCUCUGUCUUUCUUUACGACCGAUCGAAGUCUCUUAGAAAUGCGUACAGCGAAUUGUGACGAUGCAAACGCAAACUCGAAUACGAUCAAACGAUAAAAAAAUUCCGUCAUUUACGAGCGCUUAAUUAAUUUAUCGGAUCCUUCGAAUUUUCGAGGGAGGGAGGGCGGAAAGAAGAAAGGAAGAAAGAAAAAAAGGAAAAGAAAAACGGAGGAAAAAGGAAAAAACGAUUUCUUCGGGAUCAUUUGAAGUUUCGUCGGGCGAACAAUAAUAAUACUUAACUUUUCUCGUAGGUGUUAAUUAACUCGUCGGUGUCGAAAUAGCUAUGAAAAUGUGUGUAUAAGCAAAAUCCAUUGUGUAUCGUUGACACGAAAACGCGAAAAUAAAUCGGCGUGUAUCUAGGGUCAACGAAGAGAGAGAUCCAAUUAUAAAACUGUGCGCGUUCUGUAUGUGUGUGUGUACUUACGUGCGUGUACGUGUGCGUAUAGAUAAACCUGUAUGCAUGUGUGCAUGCGUGUGUAUGUAGGUAGAUAUAUCAAAACGAUCCGUUUGCGUUGAACCACGUUUCUCCCUUCGGCAAAACUCUACAGAAGAUAAUUAUUAUUAAUUAACGAAUCCUGUAAUUUGGCAACGUUAAUUAACGGCACACGCUGGAUUAAAUUCCAUGAUUUACCAGGCACGAAAUUGAAAAAGAAAGAGAAAACUGGACAAUCGUUUUUCAAUUCAAUUGUUAUGUGCCUCUCCCUACGACAACGAAUCAACGUUCGAAUGAUCGUUUUGUAGAAUUUACGUGAAUUUGCCAUUCCGCGCGACGAGUUAACGCGUGACACGAAGCUUAAUGAACGAUAUGAACGCGUCAAAGCGAGAACCGCGUAAACGGAUACGUUUGUGUGUCGAUUAACGGAUAUAAAAGUGCUCCAAAGCGCGCGCGCACGCAAGAGAGAGAGAGAGAGGAAAAAGGGAGGGAAAAGGGGAGAACUUUUUAAAUUAUUUGAAGAAAGAACACUUAUUCGAACGAAACGAAAGGAAUAAAGAAUAAAAUGGGAUAAUGCUAUGAAACAGAAAAUUGUAUUACGUGAGACAAAUAAACAAUGAAAGAUAUAAUAAAAAAUGUCGAAAAGAAAUGAAAAAAAAAGGAAAAAAAAACAGAGAAAAGAAAAAAACGCAAGGAUGUCGUAUAUAUUCGUCUUUUUCUUCCCUUUUUACUUGCGUGCUGAGUAACGAUAAAGCGAAUGAAGGAAAUAAGAAAUUCGAAAAAAGUAUUAAAAUAUACAUCCGUCUACUUACUCUUUUAAUCUGUCUCUCUAUCUCUCUUUCUCUCUUUCUCUUUUUCUUUCAUUCUCUUUCUCUCUCUUUCUAUCUCUCUUUCUCUUCCUUUCCCUUUCUAUCUCUUUCUCAUCAAUUUCUCAAGAAAAUACUCAAGUCCAUUAUAAAUCCCAUAAUAAAUCACGUCGAUGUUAGUUCAAAGCAUCGUCCUUAUUAAUCAUUUAACCGGAUAAAAUGAUAAAAAAAAAAAAGAAAAAAAAAGAAAAAAAAAAAGAAAAAAAGAAAAAAAAGAAAAAAAAAGGAAAAAAAAAGAAAAAAGAAAAAAAAAAGAAAAAAAAAGAAAUAAAAAAUCAUAUUUCAAUCCUAGUCGAUUUUAAGGAAUCGUUAGUUAAUCAUACAAAAAUCAUGAUAAUAUGUACUUGUAUUAGAUUUUGAUCGAUCAUCGAUUAAUCAUUGUGCGAUGUUAAUUACAGGGUAAAGAUUAAUAAUAAUACGUUAAAUCGAGUAGAAAAUUUCGUUGCGUCGAUCAUCACGGUCGGUCGUCUACUAAUGUAAAUUUUAGUCGUCGGGUCGUAGAACGGCGUACAUAAAUACAUGCAUAUAUCUGUUUCACGAGUAUGCACGUUACUGGGCAAAGAGCUAAAUAACGAUAGGUGGACGUUAACGUUGACUCGUCGACGCGGUCGAAACAGCUUUCAUUCAUCGAUGUAAACACGCUCGUUCGUCGACAAAUGUAAACGACGUUUCUAUGUAUAUUUACGUGUACGUGUACGUGUGCAUGUUCGUGUUCGUGUUCGUGUUCAAAUCGAGCUUAAUAUUCCUAAUCGACCGUGAGAUGAACUUAACAAAAGAUUUUGUCCUGUGAAUUUGAAGAUUUGUCUUUUAAUAAGCGUCUUCUUGCUCCGUAAACCAUGAAAUAAAAUAAGAAAGAGAAAGGAAUGGUCGAAAUAUUUCCCAAUGAGAAAAAGAAAGAGAGAGAGAGAGAGAGAGAGAGAGAAAAGUUAAAACCUAUACAUGCUCGAUCGUAAAAUGUAAAGAGAGCCUCGAGGGCCACGAAAACUCGGAAGAAUAAUUGCGGUGGUUUCCGGAACGAAAAAAGAAAGAGAAAGAGGGGGAGAGAGAGAGGGAGGAAGGGAGAGAGAGAGAGAGAGUGAGAGAGAAAGAGAGCAAAGUUUCAAGAUAUUUUUCUGCUCUUUCAACGGAAACUAGGUGUAAGAGAUAAGACUUCUCCUGCCAUUUACCAACAUCCCAGAUCCAACUUCUAACGCGUGCCAUUGCUGCUACCCUUGACGUCUUUCCUUCUUCUUCUUCUUCUUCUUCUUCGUCUUCUUGGUCUUCUUUGUCUUCUUUGUCUUGCCAGAAACAACGACAUACUUCCGACUUCCUCUCCAAAAACGAAGACUACUAAUAUAUCGUGACUACUUUCGAGAUUGACGAUACUUUCACCCGUAAAUUUUCAACGAUCUUCUAUUUUUUUUCUUCUAUUUUGUUUUUUUGUUGUUAUUUUGCUCUAUAGACAGGGGGUAUGCAGUUGCUUUUGUUUUCUAAUGAAACUCGCAAACAAUCGAUGUGUAAAAAUGGAUGGCACAGAUGUAAAAAAUAAAAAGAGAAAAAAAAAAUACAUAAAAGCAAAGAAAAGAAAAAAAGAAACGACGAAAAAAAAUCACAAUUUCAAGUCACACUUACGCUCGAGAUCUCCAACAAAAUUCACGUUCCUUUUCUUUUGCUCUCGUUAUUUCGUAUUUUUUUUUCUUUUUUUUUUUUUUUUUUUUUUUUUUCAUUCAUUCAUCUUUCUUCCAAUUUAUUUCGCUUUAUCUUUCUCUUCCGUAACUUUUAUGCCAAAGAAACCUCGAACGCAAUCAUUACGCGGUUUCGCAUAGUAUAGCCAUUUUUUCUACGGGCACUUGUUAAUUUCUCUUUGAGAUACGAACAAGGAAGGUCCAAGUGCCACGACCAAAAUUAUUUCUUAGGGAAUGUUCUCUGGGCGGGGGUGGAAGGAAGGGAGAGGGGGUAAAGAAAAAAAAAAAAGAAAAAAAAAAGCUAAUACAGUCUUUUUCUUCUUUUUCUGUUUCUCUUUUUCUUCUUCUUUUUUCUUUUUCUCCCCUUCUUCCUUUCUUUCUUUCUUCUCUUUUUUUUCUUUCUUUUUUGUUUCCUUCUUUUCAUACUUUCCUCUCCCUCUUACUUACUCGUACUCUCUCACUCUUUUUUUUUCUUUUCUCGUCUCGAAUCGGCGCAUUCCGGGCUCCACGGCUACGACUAUAGCACUAUCAUUGUAUAGAAGCUACGAAUGCUCGUGUGCGUUACAAUCGUCGAAACGAGAAAAGGGCGAAUGCAGGAAUACAGCGAGAACGAGAAGAGGUGACUGCGAAGAAACGAUGAAGUGGAACUCGACGAUGUUAAAUGCGAGUUGUAAGGAAUUAAACGACGAUGCUAAAUGCGAAUUGUAAGGAAGAAAAGUAAAAAAAAAAGGAAAGGAAAGAAGAGGAUAAAUAAAAGGAAAACAAAGCUAGGAAAGAGUUAAAAGAAAAUAAAUAAAUGGAGAGAGGGAGAGAGAGAGAGAGAGAGAGAGAGAGAGAGAGAGAGAGAGAGAGAGAGAGAGAGAGAGAGAGAGAGA